UGGGAGACAUUCCACAGUGAUGACAACCAGACUCUUCAGACUUCUCCAGCUGUGAGAGAGGUUGCUGUUUCCAAGGCAGAUUUUCACCAAGAGAAAAGGCAUUUCUCCUACUGUGGACCAAAGACCAUGGAACUGUCAGACAGUGACCGGCCUGUGAGUUUUAGCUCCACGUCCUCCUCUGCCUCUUCCAGGGACAGCCACUGUUCCUUUGGCAGCAGGUUGACCUUAGCUCCCAAUGGCCAUUUGAGCUUGUGUAAUAACCAAGACAAGGAAACAGGGGCCAUAAAGCUUGAGCUGAUGCCCACGAGGAGAUUCUCCAGCAGUGAAGUUCAGAAGAAUCCCCCAGAGGAGAAACAGAACAUGGAAGAAAACAGUGAAAAGUGGCCGGGAGUGCUGAGGACAACCGAAGCAAAAGGAGCAAGCAAAAAUGGCACCCUCUCCCUAGUUGCAGAGUCUACUACAAGCCCUAAACUUCUCUAUGUGGAUAGAGUAGUUCAAGAAAUUCUGGAGACUGAGAGGACCUACGUACAAGAUUUAAAAAGCAUUGUGAAGGAUUAUCUUGAUUGUAUCAAAGAUCAAUCCAGGCUUUCUCUGGGGGCUGAGGAAAGAUCUGCCCUUUUUGGAAACAUACAAGAUAUCUACCAUUUCAACAGUGGACUUUUGCAAGAUUUGGAAAACUGUGAAAAUGAUCCUGUGGCCAUAGCAGAAUGUUUUGUAUCUAAGAGUGAAGAUUUUCACAUUUAUACACAGUAUUGCACCAAUUAUCCAAGAUCAGUAGCUGUGCUAACAGAAUGCAUGAGGAACAAAAUGGUAGCCAAGUUCUUCAGAGAACGUCAAGAAACUCUCCAUCACUCACUGCCUUUAGGAUCAUACCUUUUGAAGCCUGUUCAGCGAAUCCUCAAGUAUCAUCUGCUUUUACAUGAAAUAGAAAACCACCUUGACAAGGAGACUGAUGGCUAUGAUGUGGUGCUUGAGGCCAUAGACACAAUGCAGAGAGUAGCCUGGCACAUUAAUGACAUGAAGAGGAAACAUGAACAUGCAAUCAGGCUACAGGAGAUACAGAGUUUGCUGACUAACUGGAAGGGCCCAGACCUGAACAGCUAUGGGGAGCUAGUGUUGGAAGGAACGUUCCGUCUCCAGCGGGCUAAAAAUGAGCGAACAUUGUUCCUCUUUGACAAGCUGCUUCUGAUCACAAAGAAGAGAGAAGAAACCUUUACCUACAAAGCUCACAUACUGUGUGGCAACCUCAUGCUUGUGGAAAUGAUUCCCAAGGAACCACUUAGUUUUAGUGUCUUCCAUUAUAAGAAUCCCAAGCUUCAACACACCGUGCAGGCUAAAUCUCAACAAGAUAAACGACUCUGGAUUCUACACCUGAAGAGACUUAUCCUAGAAAACCAUGCUGCUAAAAUUCCAGCUAAGGCCAAGCAAGCAAUUCUGGAAAUGGAUGCCAUUCAUCAUCCAGGAUUCUACUACAGUCCUGAGAAAGAAAUGAAGGCAUUUUCUUAUUCGAAAGAAGGCACUGCUCCCCAUCGCCUGAGAAGAAAAUCUGAACCUUCCUCUAGAGUGCAUAAGGUUUUGAAAUCCAGUGAAACAACACAAGAUAUACGAAAGAUUUCCAAGGAUGAUGAAGAAGCACCUUCAUCACUAAUUACAGACCUUCCACGUUCUACAUCAGCUGGAAAUCCCCCAGCACAGCGGACCUCUCAGCAAAAUAACCCAGUCCUUUUGAAUGUCCUGGGAGGUGGUGGUGCUGGUGUGAGAAACAUCUGGACUGAUCACCAGAUCAGGCAAGCCCUAUUUCCCAGUAGACGCUCACCUCAAGAGAAUGAGGAGGAUGAAGAUGAUUACCAUAUGUUUUUGCCAUCAUUAUCUUCAUCUGAUUUGCAUUCCACCAGGCUCUGUGAGGAGAGUAAUGGUUCCAGUCGACCCUGUAGUUGGCACUUGGGACAGAUACAAUCCAGGGAUCCAGGUAUCACCAAUGCUGGUCACAGGAUUGUCAGGCGGGCCAGCAGUGCUGGUGAAAGCAAUACUUGUCUACCAGAAGCACGAAAUAGAGACAGUGAGAAUGUUCAGCAUGCUUCACAGAGGGAGGUAGAAAGAGGUUUUAGAACAGAAAGUGACGGGAAGACUUACUUUGAUACAGAGUUGCCCCUUCCUGACAUAGACCACGUCUAUGAUAAUAUAAGUUAUGAAGAUUUAAAACGGAUGGGUUUUACCAAAAGGGAUGGGCCUGAAUAUAUUCCCCAGAGAUCAAACAUAGACUCUGUGCAAGGUGUACACCAUCAAAGCAGCCCAGACUUAUUAGCCUCCCCCCAGAAGCAAGAAGGUCAAGAUAAUGUCACUCUGCCAGAAAAAAGAGAUAGAACUCUAUCCAGUAGAGAUGCCUCCAAUUUAAGCUCGCAUGAGCUCAGCAUUACUGAGGAAAAUAUAUAUGACACUAUACAGCUCCCAGAACCACCGCUACUGGAUUUUAAAUGCAACUACCUAAAAUGUGCAAAGCGGAGCAGCUUUUUAGGGCUGGAGACAGAUUUUGCCUGUUGUGACAGUUUGCGCCCAUUUGUUUCUGAGGAGAGCCUCCAGUUCAGUGAAGAUGAAACACCUUACCGUCAUGGUCCCUUGGAGAAUGAUUAUUUAAGUUUGCUAUACAGUUCUUCAAACUCUGAUUCCCUGUCUCACAAGUCUGUAGCUGAUAAACUGUCAGAAGAAGUAGAUGAAAUUUGGAAUGACUUGGAAAACUACAUCAAGAAAAAUGAAGAGAAAACGAGAGACCGCCUCCUUGCUGCAUUUCCUGUUAGUAAAGAUGAUAUCCAAGAAAGGUUACAUGCUGGAAGCACACCUGAACUCAGUAAAGAUACAGACUAUGCAAUAUCUACUCUCUCCCUGCCAGAAAACCCUGUUUUCCUUAAGCCUGUAAAAAACAAAGCUAUGAGGUUAAGCAGGACCAACCUCCCUUUUGAAGAAGAUAUGCUUUACAAAGAAAACUCAUUAAUGAAUCUUAAUAGACUUUCUCUGGCCAGUGAAAUGCCUUCCAUAGAAAGCCCUUGUGAAUCAAUUAAUAGCAGUUUAUCCCAUACAGACCCUGAGAGUUCUGACUUAAGAAUGAACAGUGCAGAUAAAACCAAAAGCAGAGUUUUUCUGAUGGCAAGACAAUACAGUCAGAAGAUUAAGAGGGCUAAUCAGCUUUUAAAAGUGAAAGGUGCAGAAGGAGAACAAACAGCCAGUCAGCCACAUAAGUCAAGACACAAAGAUCUUGCAGCCAUAUUGGAAGAGAAGAAGCAAGGAGGUCCUGCCAUUGGUGCCAGGAUUGCUGAAUAUUCCCAACUCUAUGACCAGAUUGUAUUCAGAGGGACCCCCCUUAAAACAAAGAAGGAUGGCUGGGCUAGCCCCAGAGAAUCACCCAUCCUCCGAUCUUCCUCCCCACCACCUCUGUCUCUUUCCCAUUCCCAGUUGGAUGAUGAGGGCUCUCAAGCAGAAGACUGGCUUUUGCACUCUACAUACAGUAAUGGAGAAUUACCAGAUUUCCGUGCCUGGCCUUAUGAAGAUACCAAGUCAAGAUACUCUUCUUCAGAGAUGAAUGCAAAAAGUACUCCGCGGCAGUUGUCAACAGCUUGUUCUGUGCCUUCACUUCAAACAUCCACUCCUCUGCAAGGCCCUGUACAAAGACGGAGCGUUGUAAUAAACCAGCCUAAUAAAGAAAAUUUACAUCACAUCCAUGUUUAUAAUUCUUUGGGCAGGAAAGGAACAAGUAAUAAAUCCCAGUCAUACAGCUGGUCCCAGUCCGCUUCUUCAAUUGUGCUAAACAAAUUGGUGGACUCUAUCAAUUACCCAAAUGAAAUGGGAAAGAAACAGCAGCUGUCUUCACACAGAAGCUCAAAGUGUGAUAGUCAACAGGAUUUAUUACUAGGUACCACUGUCUCAGGCCAGCAAGGUGCUGAAAAGUGCUCCAAUGUGACUCUCCAAGAUUCACAGAAGGUUCUGGUAGUGAAUCAAAAUUUACCAUUAAAUGCCCAGAUAGCCACACAGAACUAUUUUUCUAAUUUCAAAGAGGUAGAAGGAGAUGAAGAUGACUAUGUAGAGAUCAAAUCAGAAGAGGAUGAAUCAGACCUAGAGAUAGCCCAGAAUCGCCUCCAGAAAUUUGAUCCAAAGAUUAGAGAAGAUGAGCUGACUGAUGAUCAGCGUAGCAACAUCACCUCUCAUUCUUUAGGCAGUCCUUGUGCUUCUGCCACAAAACCAGUCAACAGCAAACUUAACCUUUCACCUUACCUAACGUAUGGUGACUCUGACAAACUGAAUGACUAUCUGUGGAGUAAUUCCUCACCCAAUCAGCAGAACAUUGUCCAGGCUCUAAGGGAAAAAUUUCAAUGUCUCAGCUCAAGCAGCUUUGUCUAAAGUACUUCAUAGCUUAUGACUGUGCUGUCUUUUUACAAUAUUCAUGUACUACAAAUACUAAUGACAUAUUUCAGUGUAGUGUUCACACAGCAAUAUGAAAUUGUAGAUGUAUAGGAUAUGGCACAUUAUGUUGAAAAGGUUGAAACAGACAGGACUGUACUAGUAGCGAAUAUUAAUUAACAUCUAGUGGUAUAUUUUAUGAGGAUGGUUGAUUUCGAAGUCAAUUUUACUUGAACAUCCUUAGCUUAUUCUUAUUGUCGUCCACCUUCACCUCAAAGUUUGGUCUUUUCUUAUGGUCUGGCCACUUUCUUCUAUAUCUUGACAAUACUGCCCACAGUUUAAGAAAUUUAGCACUUCUGUGCAACAAUAUGCAUAAUUGGGUGGCAGUUGUUAUCACAGGUAGCAGAGCAAGCACCAUUAAAAAUUUUUAAAGCAUGUUAGGUUAAAAGUCAAAGAUUAUGUUAUCUAAAGGAUAUCUGGUUCAAUUUGAUAUCUGUUAUAUGUUAUCAUCACUAUUGCAUUUAUCAGUGCUUGACAAAAGCUUUCUGUUGGAAUCGCCUUUUCUAUGGGGUAGUAUAAUAUGUUGUCCACUUUUUGGUUUCUGCUGGGAGCUUAGAUAAGUUGCUAAUUUAGUAUGCAAAAAUUAUAUGACCACAAGGAAUUAGAUUUCCCAUGACCAAAACAUUAGAAGGAAAAGGAACGCUUUCUCUGGGAUUUUUACAUAGGUAAAUUCUUUCACAAUUGCCGCUUUUUGCUAUUUGAAAAGAAGGCCUUGAGAAUAUGAUUGAUAUUCACAUUGCUGACUUUAUGACUCUUGGAUAGCAGCUCCUUCAGUGGCCUGAAGGUAAAUCCAACUCUAUCAGAAGUCAGAUUGUUGGUAUUAGAGAUGACAUGCUAUUAGGAAGAGUUUGUUUUCCAUUAGUAUAAGUUGAAUUAAAAAGAAAUCUUAAACAUAUUGAAGUACACUUCAUGCAAAGAAAAUAGAUUAUUCUUACAUAAUACCAUGACAUUUUUAAACUGCCCCUCCCUUCUCCAAAGAUUUGUGUUUUCAAAGAGCAUUUUCCUCGUCAGUCUGGAACUUGACUGAAAACAUGUCUCAAGAGUUUCUAGUGACUUGGCAAUGCCACUUGAUUUUUGUUUUAUUUGCACGUAGUAUGUUUGUGUGUAUACACACACAAAAAUCUAUGUUAAAGAUAUUUAACAAAGAGAGACUCAUUACAAAACUUUCUUUGCCACUUUUGCUAACUGACAUCUUAACCUUGCAUUGCCAUACCGUAUCUAAAAAGCAGUGUGCCAUAGUACUGUAUAGAGAUACCAAAUAUAUAGGACCUCAUAAAGCCUCUUUUUUUGAGGGGGGAGUUUUUUAAAUUGGGGAAUGUAGUAGCAGAUUUAAUUUUUAAUUGAAAGGAUCCUACCUAAUCAUAAGUCCCAUGAAUGAAACAUGAAAUCAAAAGAUCUUAUGCAGAAACAAGAUAGAUUUUCAAAAUGUGGACUUCAAAGUCUUGUCAGAAGCAGUUAUAUAGAUGCUUGCUUCCUCCUUCCCCUUUUCCCCAUCACAUUUUCCCAUUUAGAUAGGCAAAUAAAAUUAUGUAUGAUAUUUAGGGUCAUCUAUGUUGUCUUUGUUAAAAUGAGUGAAACUAAAACAAAGUGCAAGAUCAAGGUGGCAUCUUACUUGUGAUUCCUUUUUUGUGUUAAAUCCAGUGCCUCAUAUCCUUAAAUGCAGAACAUAAAAUGUGAUUCUCCGUAUAGUGAUGGAUAGUUAGGCCACUUAAAAACACCACCACCGCCACCUAUAUAUUUGACUCUUCAAAUCACUCUUUGCUUAAUGUCUGCUCUUUUCCUUCACCAAAAGUGUUAAAAAAAAUUUUUGGAGGAGAGUUAAUAUUAUACUGGAUCCUUCACCCUUUUGAUAACCUUAGAAAACCCAGUAUCCUGGGGUUUCAGGAUCAAGCUGUUUAUGGAAAAAAAAAAGAGAGCCACAAAAAUCUCAUACUUCUUGACUUCAUAGAAGUCUUAAAAAUAGCAAGUUCAUGCAGUGCGGGAAACAGAAAAGUUACUUGAAUAUUAAGCUGCCUGGAAUGAAGUCAACUCCAUUUUUUUGUGAUUGGCAUGGAUUGAAUUCUUGAAAAUAAUGAGCUGAUCAUUUUUCAUUUUAUAAAAAUGAUUCUUCAAAUUCAUGCUGCUUUGCUAAUUGCAUGGUUUUGAUUUUUGAAAGUAUAAGACACCCGUCACACACCCUGCAAAUGACAGCUUUGAAAUGGCUCCCUUUAUUGUAUAAAGUGUAUAUGUACAUAUCAUUGUAUUUACGUGUUUAGGCAGAGAUGUAUUUUAUGUCUUCAAAUGAAUUCUUUUUAUUAGGGUGCAGAUUUUGAGGACUGUGUAUAUACCCUUAUUGUGAAUUUGAGGCUGCUGCAAAUCAUCAGCUCUGUGCUUUAACUUAGUUUUUAAAUGGCCAGGGAUAUGUUGUAUUACUGUAUAAGCUUCCAGGAAACCAAAAGUUUUGUGCAUUUUAGAAAUGUGUAUUUCUGUCAUAUUAAAUCCCUGUACUGGAUACUCAUUUUUUUUAAAUAAGUUCAAUUUUCACUUCAUAGAAUGCUACUUAUGGGAAUUGCCUCUAGUAAAACAGUUUAAGAUAGUGUAUAUAAGAUAAUGAACUUUAGCAAUGCCCAUUAUUUAAUAAAGUUUGUAAAGUAUAAAGUAAAUUAUAGUGUGAAUCAAUGUGUAUUAACUAAAAAAAAAAAUUCAGAUUUCCCUUUUUAACUGCCCUUAACUACAUGAGUAGUUAACCUCACAUCUUAUGAAUAUGACUGACAGAAAAUUUGAUGAGGGUCAGAACAGUAUAUAGGUUUUCCAGUUUUGAGCCAGUUUAUGCUAUUUUCUAUAUAAUCAGAGUACAUGAAACAUAUUAGAGUUGUUUUUGGAGUGGGGUCCAAUAGGUAGCUAAAUUGUCAUAAAGCCAACACUAAAUACUUAUCCCCCCACCCCACACCCCCAUGAAGUUAACUUUGAACUAAUUGCUUAUUGAAUUUUUUUUUCACUUGUGCAAAAAGAUGUUCAAGGCCAAUUAGUGUCAUACUGCUUGCAAUUUUAAUUUUAUCUGAUGCUUAUUGAAAAGAGAAACAGGAUUUUAAAAAAUAUUUCAUUAAGAUUAGUUGAAUAUGUAGCCUAAAGUCAAUUCCAUUCUUGAAUAUAAACUCAUCCAGAUUGUACUUACUUAAAGUACAUAUUCCUUGCCUUUUUUUUUUUUUUUGGUGAGGGGGAGUUGGAGUGGAGGGAAGAACCUUUCUAAGAGUUUUUAAAGGUGAAUUUUCAACUUGACUGUCAGUCCACCAGAGAGAGAUGUUCCCUUGCACUAUUUGACCCUAAGGCAAAAACUGGUUUGGAUUGGCUUGACUUUGGAUUGGCUCUAGUAAUGUGUUUUAAUUUAAAGAAAUUGGUGACAGGAAAAUUGGUGUCUCUAAUGAAGAAUGUGAAUUAACUGAAGCCUCACAGAGGAAAGAAAAUGCGAAUAAUUUUUAAAAGUUAGUUUGCAAUAAGCCAUGAAUACAGAUGAUAUAAUCAGGCAUUAAGUAACUUGUUUAUUUUUAGUAUAAUAGAGGCAAAAAACAUUAUUUGACACAAAGAAUCUGGUCCAGAGAGAUUCUUACAUUGUAAAGGGCAAAAGUUUGUAAGGCAUUGCCUAGAGAGCUCUCCAAUUCACUGCAUUUGUUUAUGGUUCUAUACCUGAAUAAGAGCAGCUAUAUUCAUCUCCACCAGCGAGAAAGGUUCAUGACAUAAGUAACUUCCUUAACAUUUCUGUUAGUUUGUGUGUGUAUGUGUGUGUGUGUAUGUGUAUGUGUGUAUGAGUGUGUUACAUUUUAGCCUUGUCAAAUCCUGUCCUAUGGAUAAGACUUAGAGCUUCUUGUUGCACUUUUUUCAUGACUUAUUUUGUUUAAAAAUAAAGUAUGUACUCUUAAACUUA